CUCGCCGACACCUCAUUUCCGGUAGCGACGCGUUUCUCCCGCGUCCGGGAGUGCGCUGCCUCCUCCUCUUCCUCCUCCGUGAAGCUUUCGGGCCGAGAGGACCGAGCGGACGCGUGCGGCGCGGCGCGGCGCGGGCAGCUGAGAGUGCGGCCAUGAGUGAGGCAGAAGUGAACCCCAAAGCUUACCCACUGGCUGAUGCACAGCUGACCAAAACACUGCUGGAUCUUGUGCAGCAAUCCUGCAACUAUAAGCAGCUACGUAAGGGAGCCAAUGAAGCCACCAAAACACUGAACAGAGGAAUAGCAGAAUUCAUUGUGAUGGCUGCAGAUGCUGAGCCCUUGGAGAUCAUCCUACAUCUCCCUCUUCUCUGCGAGGACAAGAAUGUGCCCUAUGUCUUUGUGCGCUCCAAGCAGGCCCUGGGCCGGGCAUGUGGUGUCUCCCGGCCUGUCAUUGCCUGUUCAAUCACCAUCAAGGAGGGAUCACAGCUAAAGCCUCAGAUCCAGUCUGUCCAGCAAGCUAUAGAAAGACUGUUGGUCUAAGUGCCCAUGCAUUUAAGUUUAUGUGGAAUAGGACAAGUUGGAGUUGGGGGAGAAAAUGUUUAGCUGUAGUUGAUGAGGUAAUAGUUUUGAUACCAAUGUUUCAUUUUAAAACACCUUUUUUGUUUUUGUUUAAUAGUGAUGUAACUGAAAGUUUUUUCUGCCUCUUCCCCCCUCCCCCCUUUUCUUCUAUUAUUCCACUCCAACACAGUCAUUCUCAUUCAAUUACUUCUUGAAAAAUGAUUGUACAGCUGUAUUUCCUGUUUGAUGUUUAAAAGAAAAAAAAAAUCCCUAUCUCCAUGGCUGCCUGCUCAGAGCUUUAACCUACCCAUUAGCUUCCUUUGUGCUGCAACUUUCUGCUAAGUGUUCAGCUAACAAAUGUGGAUCCGCAGCACACCUUAAAGCAACACCUCCAGCAGUCUGAAUGCACAAAGUGAUGAAGCAGUGUAGCCCAUGUAUGUGGCAGAGAGCGGCUACCGUGUAGCAGUGGAUGGAGCCAAGAUCAAGCCAGUACACACAGCACAACUUUUUUUUCUUGAAACCAGACAUGGGACUUCUGGAAGAGGUGUAUGGGAAGCAGAAACCUCAUGGCAAUGCACAAGGUGAAAUCUCUGAUCUUGCUUUUGUUUUUAAAUACUGACUCUUUAAGAAAAAAUAAAAAUGCUGACAACAAUGAAUACAGGAGUGCCCAUAAUUGUCAUACUCUGGGAGACAUUUGCUCUAACUGAAGUGUUAGUGCUUGUUAAGUUAAACUGAUCAGAGAUUGGCUAAAGGCUACUGCAGUGUGGUAGUUCAUGCUCCUUCAGUUUCCUUUUUGUGGAGUGCAUCAAUGAGCUGCAAAGCGUGUGUUUCCUAGGAUAUUUAAAUAAGUAAUAAAACACAUGGUAGGAAGCAGCCUGCUGUGGCUCAAAUAGGACUGUGUAUCUGGCCAAUACCUAUGAAAAGGAGCUCAUGUUUUUACAGAAGCUACUGCAAUAUAGUCAUAUGACUGAAGAUCUACCCUUCAAGCCAUAGCCAAGACGGUAGAAAACAAGUCAUUUUUCAGAUGAAACAACUUGCAACACAAGAAGAGAAUGAUAGAUACCCCUGUGUUCCAGAAAAGCAUGAAGCACCACUACCAUUGUGGAGUAAUGGUGGUUUUAUGGAGCUAGCUUUAGUUAAAUAUAUGCUGUAUACUAAAUCCAGUUACUGUUUCCAGCUGAAGAGUCUAAAAUAUCUGCAUUGGAGGUCAGGCCAAACCUCUCUUCUGUUGCAGGAAGUCUGGACUUUAACUAUUGAAGCUUCUACAGAGUCUUCUGUCUCUCCCUACAGGAUUAUUUAGCUUGCACUGUAUGUGGGCCUCCCAGUGUUUGCAAAGUAGAAAGCAAAGCUAGAGCAGGAAGAACUGUGUAGGGAACACCAGUAGGUAUGGUAACAGCAGGGAAAAUAAAUUUCUCCUGUAAUGUUUCCACAGAUGCACCAACUAGUAAAUACAUCUUAAGCAGACGAAAUCAGCUCAUGAAAGAUGGAAGACAACUUAUGUUUGUAUUUUAUAUUUUUGUAAAUGUCUGAUAUUAGUAAUAUCCUUGAUGAGAUGAACUUGUCACUAAAAAGAUUGAGUCCUUUCCUUUGUAUGUAUGUUAGCAGAACUGCUGUUCCCUUAUAAUGAUGCUGAUUGUUGGGCUAGUUGCAUUUAAAACCACAACUCUGUAAAGGAUUUGCCCCAGCAAUACUAUGCCAAGACAACAUGUGUAAGACAAAGCAUGUGAGCAGCAGAAAUAAAGGAUUCUUGAGCAAGCAAAA